UUUGGUUGUUUCCUCUGAGUCUUUGUGAGGCGUCAUAAUCUACUCUCUGCCAAGGAAUGUUUGAUCUAACAGCUCGCGCGACUUAUUUUGAUUACUCCAGGCGGAAGUCUAUACAGCAAGCUCGGAAGUUUUGUGCGGCCUCCACCAUGUAUAUCGGACCUUUGUCGAUCGCCACUUCGCUUGCCCUAUUCUCUUAUCUAUAAUUUUCGCAUGACACUCAAGAUUAAGAUUACAUGGGGAUUUGAGUCCCUCGCUUCACACUCAGACUUUCUGUACUUGGGUCUAAACAUAACAAAGAAGCACACAUGCCUUCACCAGUUCAUGAUCUGGAUCUUUGACAAAGACAACCCCACUCUGGAGGGGUCAGGAUCCAGGCCGUCUCUUGGGAUACAAGUGGCUAGCAGCGUCAAUGAUAAUGAAGCUAAACACGGCCAGAUACCGAGUCGCAGAAAAAACAUGACUGGAGCUUUAGAGAACUUCUGAAGUCUGGACAGGAAUGUGAAAGACAAAAAGCUCUAAUGAGU